AUUUUUUCUCCUGCUGCUAAUUUUGCUCCAGCACCCCAUUCGUCGUGGCUGCGAUUUUUUCAUGCGUUUAGUUAAGCACGAUCGCUCAAAGCGUUUGCAGCUCACACCGGUAACAGAGCGCACACGGAAAGCGCUUGGAAAUUUUUUUUGUUUGUUUAUUGAAGCUUGUGCUGUUUUGUUGUGUUUAACGUUCCUGUUUUGAGCUCACCUUCAUUCGCGCUGCUGCAAUUUUGUUAUCGCACCAAGAACAACGUGCAGGCAUGUGAAGUAGCUUGUAGCGAUAAGAGCAAGACAUUGUAACUGAAAACGUGCGAAAGCAAUUACAUUUGAAAAAGUUAACGGUAAAAGAAUACUAAGACUUUGCGAAUUUCAUAAAAAGCGCUUGUGAUAAAAAAUACUUCAACUAAGAAACGUUUCCUUAUUUGUAAAACGAAAAAGACUACGCAUAAAUACAAAACAUCAACACAAUACAUAUCAAUCAACUGCAGCAAUAGCCAUGGAUUUCGAUUACCACGAAUACCUCGCAUAUCUGGAGACCUUCUGUGUUUACUUCCCCUACCUCCUCUACACAUUCGUCUUUCUUACACUCAUACCCAAAUCCCUGUGCCGCAUUAAGACCUUCGCCGAUGCCGACUAUGAGGCCAAUCGUCACAAAUACCAUCGCUGCUAUGCGCCGGACAUUUGCUGUCACACACUGGGCGAGCCCAUGCCCAAGCCAAAGCCACGCAAGGCCGUUACACGCGUCUACCCGAAGCGGCACAGCACAGCGGGCACCACAGAAACGCACUACGCCAAACGACAGGAUACGCACGCCAAUCAUAUCAAGCGACAGGUAGAACCUGCUUCCAUACAAACCAACACACAUGUCAAUCAAAUUGCAAAAUUGUUCGAGAACGUGCCCACAGUAACCGUAGCGCCAGUGUUGUUGGGCAAGAAAAUCAAUCGCGUCACACCGACCAUACAGUGUCAGGAUGCAGACGAUACGCCAACUGCAGCGGUUACACCGCCAAAGUCCACGCUUAACGCCUCGCGCCUCUCUCAGCUCCUUUCGCAGGAGCAGCUGGAGAGUUCGCUGAGUUUGCUGCAACAAUCAAACGCCGAUGAAGAUCACAACACGUGGAGUACGCGCCACGAAUCACCGCCACAACGACGUGCGCGCCGCGAGGCGCCCAAUUCGCUGGCAUACGGCGCUGGCACUUCCACUACGCCAUCAACAGCGUCGCCAGCUGCCUCCUCAUCACGCUCCGAAUCACCGGCUCCACUAUCGUCAUCACCACUCGCCUCGCCGGUACUCUUCCGGCCACAGUUGAGUAUGAAAUCCAGUUUGGAGGAUAUUUUCGCAGCGAUUGCUCGCAAUGCCGAGAAGAGCGAGAAUUUCAUUUAUGCCGGCUGCAAAUCACUGUCGCCAGUCACCUCCAUCGAUGAUAUACUAUCACAGCGUCGCCUGUCACGCCCACUCUCCGCGUACUCGAUCAGUGAUCUGUUGAACGAGGAAAGCACGACGGCGGCGGUGGAUGAAGCGCGCGUGGAGAAUUUCCUCACUGCGCUUAACACAACAUGAAGAGGCCGGUGGGGGGUGGAAUCGCCUGACAGUAUACUUGGAUGGUUUGGCUGCGGCUGUGAAGUAGUUUGCACUGCACACUUUGGCGAUUAGUUGUUAUAUGAAUUAAUGUAUGUACGUGUGAGAAUAUGUAGCGUUGUGUGUGCAAGUAGUUAAAUUGUUAGUCCUAAGAAAUGUAGCGUUGUGGAAGUUGACAGCUGGCGGUUAGUUGUCGUAAUGAAAUGUCAAAGUGCCAUGCAAGCAGCGCCUCACACACAACAGCAGCGACAACAGCAACAACAGCGUUCGCUGCAUAUUUCCCGCAAUUGCGCAGCCAGUGCGCCACGGCGCAGUUCGCUGGCAACCAGCUGCAGCUGUAGCUGUUCCAUCGAUGAGUCACACCAGUCAGCCGAAUGUCAGUCUAAAGUCAGCGCACUGAGCUUGCGAAAUUUGAAUUUUUUUCCAGGUUUUUCUUGUCUAAGAAAUGACGCUGUUUGUUUACAGCGAAAUUUGUUUCGUAUUUUUAAAAGCAGGGAACUCCAUGCAAAACUGUGAAUAUCCAAUUAAGUUUUUUAUGACUUUAUUAUUGUGUAACUUUUUGUAUAUAAAAAUAAUUUGUAAUUAAUAUUUCUUGUAUUUGUGAAAAAAGCAUACAUACACACAUAUGUGUAGUAGGGUGCCUCGCCAAAAAAAAAGGUUUCGGUUUUUCGACCACAAUUAUAAACUUAUUAUUUUGUAGGGCUGUCUUUUAAAUAUUACGAAAAACUAUUAAGAUUUACGUAAUAAUUGCAAAAAUCGCGGUUUUUUAUAAAUAAAAUUAGUUUUUAAAAAUAAUUUUUUCAAAAAUGACAUCAGAUCAUAAACGAGUUUAAGUUUAAAGGUCUACAUAAAAAUGUUUGAACAUUUUAUCAACAGCAUCAAAAUAAUGCGAUUUUUUAGGCAUUUUAAAUCGGUCUAGCUCACGUAAAUCUUAAUAUUUUCCGAGAUAUUUUUGGCGGAAGUCUUAAAAUAUUAUACGUAUUAUAAUUCCGAUAGAAAAACAAUAUGGGAUUUCUAUUUUUUUUUUUUUUUGGAGAGUGAUGCACCCUGAUGUAUGCGUAUAAUUAAAACAGGUCAAUUAUAAUCACAAACGCAACUGCAUUAACGGUUAUAUAUAUACAUACAUAUGUAUGUAUGUACGUAGUCAUUAAGCCAAUAGGAGGAGGAAGUCUUUUUGCUGAUUGUCUUUAAGUCUUAUUCAACUAAUCAUUUGUCAACUAAGCUUUAAGCUAAUCAAAUGUGUCGUUACUUUUACUUAACUCAUAAGCAAGCAAGCGCGCAGGUUUUUAAAUGCCAAGCUAAGCGUUGAACUUUGUGCAAUCGCCUGGUUUUAAUUAUUUAAUUAUGCACAUUAAAAUUACAUUGAAAUGUUUGUAUGUAAAUGUACAUAAACGUACUUAUUUUGUAAUAUUUAUGCGAAUUAUUUAAAUAGCUUAGCCAUCGUAAUAUAUGUACAUAAAUAUGUAAUAUGUUAAUCUUAUUACUAGCUAGCUAUUUACACUAAGUAUGUAGUUGAUAACAGAGCUUGUCCUAUCUUAGUUAGUGAUGUAUUGAAUUUCAAUUAAUCGAAACUCUUAUGCCAGUAUCUCACGAACGACUAAACUGUAUACGUUAAAACGAUAACUAUUUGUAUGAUUUUUUUUUAUUUUUAAGUAUUAACACACAUAUUUUUGAAGUGUAAAUAAAUACGAUCGACAGCUAAUUUAUAGCGUAAUAA